CUGGAUCACUGAGGCCGCGUUCAUUUUCAUCGUUCUGUGUCCAUUUUCCUUCCCGCAACCGGGCAACUUUUGGUAUGCACUUGUACAAUCUGACGCUGCAGCCUCCAACAGCCGUGACGCAGGCAGUCGUCGGGAAUUUCUCCGGGGCACGGACACAAGAGAUAAUUAUUUCUCAUGGCACACGCCUUGAGCUCCUACGACCUGAUGUACAGACAGGGAAACUCUCCACAGUAAUUGCCACGGAUGUCUUUGGCUCAAUCCGUUCUCUGGCGGCGUUUCGGCUAACCGGAAGUACGAAGGACUACGCAAUCCUAGGAUCGGAUUCGGGCCGCAUAGUGAUACUGGAUUACGAUCCCAAAACCACCAGCUUUGUCAAGCUGCACCAGGAAACCUUUGGCAAGUCUGGAGCGCGGCGGAUAGUGCCCGGACAAUACUUGGCUACAGACCCUAAGGGGCGUAGCGUCAUGAUAGCUGCCGUGGAGAAAGCGAAACUAGUGUACAUCCUCAAUCGCGACGCUGCAUCCAAUUUGACCAUCUCCUCCCCUUUGGAAGCACACAAAAACAACGCUAUUAUUCACAACGUCGUGGGCCUUGACGUUGGGUUUGAGAACCCGUUGUUUGCGGCGCUUGAGGUCGAUUACUCUGAGUCCGACCAGGAUCCCACUGGCGAAGCAUUCAACGCUGCAGACAAAAUGUUAACUUACUAUGAGCUGGACCUCGGUCUCAACCAUGUCGUCCGGAAAUGGAGUGAACCAACGGACCCAAGGGCUAACUUACUUGUACAAGUACCAGGUGGCCAAGUAGCGUCGUCCGACCGCUUUGAUGGGCCUUCCGGCGUUCUGGUUUGUUGUGAAGAUCAUAUAAUUUACCGCCACAUGGACCGUCCCCAGCACCGAGUGCCCAUUCCACGCAGAAGGCACCCCCUUGAAGACCCCUCACGUGGUAUCAUUAUAGUGGCAGCUGUAAUGCACAAAAUGAAGGGUGCCUUUUUUUUCCUCCUCCAAAGCGAAGACGGCGACCUCUUUAAAGUAACGAUCGACCAUGAAGAAGAUGAAGUGAAAGCACUGAAAAUCAAGUAUUUUGACACUGUACCUGUUGCUUCCAAUUUGUGUAUUCUCAAAUCUGGUUUCCUUUUUGUCGCCGCGGAAUUCGGUAAUCACCACCUGUAUCAAUUCCAAAAGUUGGGUGAUGAUGAUGAAGAACCUGAAUUCAGUUCGACAUCGUAUCCUGCGCUCGGCAUGGCCAACCCUACAGCCCCACUACCCCACGCCCAUUUCCGGCCCCGUGCUUUGGAAAACCUUGCAUUGGCUGACGAGCUCGAAUCGCUAGACCCGAUCAUGGAUUCGAAGGUAAUGAAUGUAUUGCCCAAUUCAGAUACCCCGCAGAUAUUUGCCGCUUGUGGGCGCGGUUCGCGAAGUACCUUCAGAAUGCUUCGACACGGCUUAGAUGUCGAAGAAUCUGUCAGCUCCGAGUUGCCAGGAAUUCCGAACGCUGUGUGGACUACCAAGCAACGAGAGUCUGAUGAAUUUGAUUCAUACAUCAUUCUUUCAUUUGUUAAUGGUACGCUUGUGUUGUCAAUAGGGGAGACGAUCGAGGAAGUGCAAGAUACCGGUUUCCUGUCAUCUGCGCCUACGCUUGCCGUUCAACAGAUAGGCGCUGAUGCCCUUCUGCAAGUCCACCCUCAUGGUAUACGGCAUGUCCUCGCUGAUAGGCGCGUGAAUGAGUGGCGUGUACCGGAUAGAAGGACCAUAGUGGCCGCGACUACGAACAAACGCCAGGUGGUGGUAGCGCUCAGCUCUGCCGAACUUGUUUACUUUGAACUUGACCUGGACGGUCAGCUUAAUGAAUAUCAGGAUCGGAAGGCCAUGGGUUCCACUGUACUUGCCCUCAGCGUCGCGGAAGUCCCUGAAGGACGACAGCGCACACCUUAUCUGGCAGUGGGAUGUGAGGAUCAAACUGUUCGGAUUAUCUCACUGGACCCGGAGAGUACUUUGGAGACCAUAAGUCUCCAAGCAUUGACUGCACCGCCGUCCUCCAUCUGCAUUACUGACAUGUUGGAUGCAAGUAUCAACAAAGCGCAACCAACGAUGUUCGUUAAUAUUGGUUUGCAAAACGGGGUCCUGUUGCGUACUGUACUUGACCCUAUCAAUGGUCAGCUCACAGAUACACGUACACGGUUCCUAGGUACGCGCCCAAUCAAGCUACUGCGCGUGCAAAUCCAGCAAAGUCCUGCAAUCCUUGCACUUUCCUCGAGGUCGUGGCUAAACUACACUCAUCAAAACCUGAUGCAUUUUACUCCUCUCAUUUUUGAGAACCUGGAUUACGCAUGGAGCUUCUCUGCUGAACUCAGUCCAGAGGGCUUCAUAGGAAUUACCGGAAGUAUGCUUCGCAUAUUCCAAAUUCCAAAACUUGGAAUGAAACUAAAGCAAGAUGCCAUUCCGCUCGCUUGUACUCCUCGCAAGUUCAUCUCGCACCCCACAAACCGGUUUUUGUAUCUCAUCGAGGGUGACCAUCGUGUUCUAAGUGAGGAUGCUAUUAACCGACAGCUAGCGCAAUUGAGACAAGCCGGCAAAUCUGUCGAUGAGGAAAUGCUCCAACUUCCAUCCGAGGUGUUCGGUCGAGUGAAAGCACUGGCCGGGACAUGGGCAUCAGCAAUACGGAUCAUCGAUCCUGUAGAGGCGAAGACGGUCGGGAUAGUACACCUGGAUAACAACGAGGCUGCGUUUUGUCUAGCAGUCGUUCCGUUCGCUGCUCGGGGUGGUGAACUCCACCUUGUUGUAGGCACUGCGUCAGAUACACUUUUGGCGCCACGAUCAUGCACUAGUGGUUUUCUGCGGACGUACACAUUCACACAGGACGGGACUGGUCUAGAGUUGUUGCACAAGACAGAGCUCGACGACGUGCCGCUCGCCAUGAUAGCUUUCCAAGGACGACUUGUUGCGGGUGUAGGCAAGGCCCUACGUGUAUACGAGAUGGGGAAGAAAAAACUGCUUCGGAAAGUGGAAAACAAGACAUUUUCCUCGCCUAUUGUUACACUCAACACUCAAGGCUCGAGAAUUCUGGUUGGUGACAUGCAAGACUCGAUAUUUUAUGCCGUGUACAAAGCACCUGAAAAUCGACUUCUGAUCUUCGCUGACGACAUGCAACCGCGGUGGACUGUCGCUGCCACGAUGAUAGACUACUGCACUGUGGCAGCCAGCGAUCGCUUUGGAAACAUUUUUGUGAAUCGCCUGGACCAAAAAGUUUCGGACCAAGUAGACGAUGACCCAACAGGCGCCGGUAUACUGCACGAGAAAGGGCAGUUGAUGGGUGCCCCGCACAAGACCAAGAUGUUGUGUCACUUCCACAUUGGUGACCUGGUAACCUCGAUACACAAGGUAUCCCUUGUUGCGGGAGGACGAGAAGUGCUCUUGUACACCGGUAUUCAUGGUACUAUCGGUGUUCUUGUUCCUUUCGUGUCGAAAGAAGAUGUUGAUUUCAUCUCCACGCUCGAGCAACACAUGCGGACGGAACAAAUUAGCCUAGUGGGUCGUGAUCACCUCGCAUGGAGGGGCUACUAUGCUCCUGUGAAGGCUGUCGUCGAUGGUGAUCUUUGCGAAACGUAUGCUCGACUUCCUGCCUCGAAGCAAAGUUCCAUCGCGGGCGAAUUGGAUCGCACGGUGGGAGAGGUGCUGAAGAAACUGGAGCAGCUGAGGAUCACUGCAAGCGGUUUCUAGAUACUCUAUAUGAACUUGUGUGUAUUGUACGCAUGUGCGCCAACGAAACCAGUAACUUGAU